GUAAUAAUUCUUACAAUGGUUUUGUAAUCUUUUAAAUGAAUUAGCUUGUAAACUGUAAAAGUGUCUCAUUAUAUGAAUUGAUCAGUGUUAUUUCAGACUUUUUGUAUUUUUUUCUGUAUGGGCAUGAAUUUGGUUUUCCUGCUGUGUAUCACCAGUCCUACGCCCAUAUUACUCUAUUUGUCUUUCCUUGUAAAUACAUGUGCAAAUGCAAGUAAAUAAGCCUGAUAUAAUAAAGCUGUCAUUUCCAUAAUCCACUUUGCAUUAAGUCGAAAGUGCAGCUAACUAACGCAUGAUGUUAGUUAAUGUUUAACCUAAUAUUUAAUGUCAACAGCUGCACAUCUACAGUCUCAGUCCAAAAGAGAAGAGCAGGGAAGAGACAAGGAUGGAAAAAGUUCUUCUGAUCAUCAUCGCUCUUUCAGGACUGAGCGCUGUCUCCUCACAUGCUGAACGUCAGUACCAUUUUGUUUAUCAACCAAAGACCAUGGCUGAAGCACAGAGAUACUGCAGAGAGAAACACACAGACCUGGCCACUAUAGACAGUGAUGAGAUUGUGAAGCUCCUGAACAACAUGGCAGGCCAAUACAACCAAUCAGCCUGGAUAGGGCUGCACGAUGAGCGGUACACCUGGAAGUGGUCGAUGUCAGACCCAAGCUUCUACAAACUGAGGGAGAUCGAGUUCAGACAAUGGGGCAUUGGACAGCCUGGCAAAUAUAAUUCUGAACACUGCACAUGUAUCGGUUCUCCUGAUGGACUAUGGCAUGAUUAUAAUUGUAUCCGUAUUCUUAGUCUUAGACCAGCUUUAAUAGCUCAGAGAGGGAGACUGCAGAGAGAGAUGUUUUAA